AUGGCCCAGGCAUCACCCGCAAAUGGCCCGACUCAACCUGAUCAACCCGUGCAACGAUCACCCCUCAUCACGGAACCCAUCUCCAACCACAGCGUCGAAACAAUGAUGGCCGCCUGCCGCGCUGCCAUCGCCAACGGUGAGGACGUCAAUGCCCCUGACACGCUUCCGCACGUAGGGCACAACGAAGGACGCCCACUCGACGCUUGCCUACGGCAAACCCACAUGCCUAACAGGAAAUCCAUUGUUGAGAACCUCCCAGUGAUUGAACUGCUCUUGGAACAUGGAGCCGAUCCCCGGCUUUAUUCGAAGUCAGUUGGGGCGGUGGCGAUUCCGAUAGUACUUGCGAGACGGUAUUCUGUUGACGAAGAAGAGAAGGAGGAGCAUAGGGCGUUUUGGAAGCAUCUUUUGGGGCUGUUUGAGGAGGCUAUUGUGCGGAUUGAUGCGAACAAGAAGGAGACGGAGGGGGAUAGUUGA